CCAGACCGGGUUGGAAUCUGGAGGACUCGCAACUCAGCCUUCGAAGGACCAAUGGAGAGGACUCAGGCGCAUUUCUGGCCUCAGGCACGGUUCAGGCAAGGGCCACCAUGUGGUGCAGAGCCCAGGCUGAUAAAGAAGGCUUUGCUCUGCCCUCAGUGAUGGGAAUGACCUCGGCCCCCUACGGGAGCUAGCUGCUGGUGCCUCGGCACCGGCACCUGGGACCUGCCCCUCCCGGAGCCCGCGAUUUCCGGACUGGCAGCAGCGCCUCUGAGCCCCUCCCGGGCCUGGGCCAGCACUGGGGCGGGGCGCUGGAGCCCUGCCCCCCAACUACCCCGCAGCAGCCUCCGCUUUCUGGAGGGCUUCUAUGCAGACACUCGUCGGACGCCUGGGUCCUGCCGCGCCGUCCAAGAAGCCUCCUGAGUCGUAGGGCCCGCGAGCUAUACUGCUCUCAGGAGCAGCCCCAUGGCGGAGCAGCUGGCCUUGGUGAUCGGGGGCAUCACUGGGGGGCUGCUGCUGCUGAUCGGAGUGAGCUGCUGCCUGUGGAGGAGGCUUUGCACCGCCUUCACCUACGAGGAGUUGCCAGAGACGCCAGACCCGGCCACCCCCUCUUCCUUCAGCAAACACGAGGACAAGCUCUGCCAGCACGCUGGGCCCCCACCUGGCAGGCUACCAACUGUACCAUUUGUGGUACCCCCUUCUUACCAAGGCCGAGACUGGGUGCCCCUACAUGAUAGAGAUUGGACUCUGGCCCCACAGGACCCCUGCCCUGUCCCAGAGCACAUGCCACAUACCUCCAGUACCAACCCUGGAGAUGCAUGUGUGAUAGGGAACAUUAACCCAAAGCUGUACAAGCCCCCAGAGGACACCAGUGACACAGACUUCCCUGAUGGCUGCCUGGGCCGGCUGUGGUUCUCAGUGGAGUACCAGCAGGAGUCUGAGCGGCUGCUGGUGGGCCUCAUCAAGGCUCGGCAACUGCAAGUCCCCUCAGAAGCCUGCAGCACCUUGGUGAAGCUCUGCCUGCUGCCUGGUGAGCGGCGCUUCCUCCAGUCCAAGACCAAACGCAAAACAUGCAACCCACAGUUUGAUGAGAACUUCAUCUUCCAGGUAUCCAGCAAAAGCGUCACCCAGAGAGUGCUGAAGUUCUCCGUGUACCAUGUGAACAGGCAAAGGGAGCACCAACUCCUGGGCCAGGUGCUCUUCCCACUGAAGGAUGAGAGCCUGUCGGGGGACCAGCCCUGGGUCAUUUGCAGAGACCUGGAAGCUGAGAACCUGGAGCCGCCCUCAGAGUUUGGGGAUCUCCAGUUCUGCAUCAGCUACAACGACUACCUGAGCCGCCUGACUGUGGUCGUGCUCCGUGCCAAAGAGCUCCGGCUCCAGGAGGACAGGGGUGUUGUCAGCGUGUUUGUCAAAGUGUCUCUGAUGAAUCACAACAAAUUCGUGAAGUGCAAGAGGACUUCGGCUGUACUGGGCUCUGCCAACCCUGUGUACAAUGAAACCUUCAGCUUCAAGGCUGACACCAACGAGCUGGACACUGCCAGCCUUGGCCUGACAGUGCUGCAGAUCACAGAAGGGGACAAGAGCUACCCACUGGGCCGUGUGGUUGUGGGCCCCUAUAUGUACACCCGAGGCAAGGAGCUGGAGCACUGGGAGGAGAUGCUCCGCAAGCCCAAGGAGCUGGUGAAGCGCUGGCAUGCACUCAGCCGCUCCACGGAACCCUGAGCCAUAGCCAGGACCUCAUUCUGCCUUGGAAACUCGUGUCCUCAGCAGCACCACAUCAUGGCCAUCUCAUCUAACUCUUGGUGCACUGUGGGGCCAGCCUGAGCCAGUGGUCCAUGAGUGUUCAUGUACAGGAAGGAAAAGGGACAAAGCCCAGCGUAGGCCAGUAUCUGGGGGGCUCCUGAUCUAGACCGUGACCUUGAAAGGAUCUCAGGUGUUGAGAACUGAUGUGCUGUUUGGUGGAGCACAGCCGCAUAUGCUGGGUGGGAGUGCGACAUGAACCGAGUCCUACCACCCUGGAAAGCUGGUGGUGGGGGGUCCACAGCUGCGUAGUUUUUCAAGCUGGAGUUUCUCUGUCUUCCACCCAGCAGAGCAAAUACACAGCACUCAGGGGGCACAUCAGGGAGAGAGACCCAUUGAGCAAGCAGCCCAGCCACAUACGAGGAGUCCAACGAGUGGUCAGCAGUUUGCUGUGUAGCCCCUUCCUGGAGCCAUAACACGUGGCCGGCAAAGUCCUAUGAAGUCUUGCCAUACCUCACACUCUAGUCUUUCAGGUGAUCUUUUGUUGAGUUUUGGGGUCACCUGGUUAACAGAAUUUGGGCAUUCUGCUUUCCCCAAAGUCAAGAAAAUAAAGGACAAAAACAUUCUGAAUCUGCAAGACAGCAGCAAAGGGAGCAUCCCAGGAAUAUGUGUAAAUACCAGGUGAGGCAGUAUGAAUGGAUACAGCAUUAUUUAAAUUAAGCACGGCAAAUCAAUUGUCUGGUUUUUCCUCUGUGGGUCUUGACUCCAAUUUCUACGAGAACUGUGACAUUACCCCAAACUGCCAACUUUCACGGUUUGGCCCAACAAUUCAACAAACGUUUCCAGGGGAAAAGUUCCUAAGUGCUAUCAUGGCUUCAAUGUGUCUAUCUUUGCUUGCUGCCUUGGCAACAUUAGUCUCCAGUUUCUCACUUCCCAAGCUCCAGAGACGCUGUAGCCUUUGCUGCCCUUAAGGGCGUGUGCUCAGCCUCUCAGCCCAAACUAGAAAGUUCCUGGAGAGCGGUUCUCAGAAGUCACUCCAUCUCUGGCUUCCCUCCUGAGUUUGUGGCUCUUUUUUAGAAAAGCUUGUCCAUACGCCAUUCAGCUUUCCCCCUUGUUAAGGUGAACAUCCGUCUGCCUCUAGCAGAAAAAGAAGUCCUUUCCCAGAAAAAGCAUGCCCAGCUGAGGAUGGCAGAAUGGCAGCAACUUGGGAGGUAGAGACAAGGGAACCAGGAUUCAAGGAAACCGUCAGUAAAGCAGUGGGUAAGCACAGCUUGUGUUCAGUCGGCUCUGUGCAGCAAUCAUGGUGCCUAUCAAACGACCACAGCUUCUCAGUGUUUACAGUAUGAACACUUUGUCCUCUGCAUCUGUGGACUGGCAGGUGAGGCAACUCCUUCUCAAGCUGCAGGCCUGGCUGGGAUGGGCUCCUCACCAGGCCAGCGACACAGUUGAGCACACCGAGCAUCGGCUAAUUUGGCAGCACUUUUCAAGGUGAAGGCAGAAGCAUAAGAGGGAAGAUGUAUUUUUUUUUUUGUCUUCUGCUUAUGAUAGCCCUGCCUGCCCUGAUAUCCUUGGGCAGAAGCAAAUCACAUGGCCAAGCUGAAAAUCAAGGGUCAGAGAAGAAGAUACGCCUUUUUGCAAAGCUACAGAACAAUGGGCACAGCUCCAGGGAGGGGUGGAGAAUUGGAGUGGAUAAUCUGAGGUGGCCACAGGAGCCUGUGCUCCCUCCUGAAGGCGCAAGCCCAGGGGAGCAGUUACCUCCUGGUCUCCGUGUGAUGCCUGCCAAUUUGGCAUUCCAUAAUGAUGUGUUGUAAUUUGUUCAGUCAUUUGCCAAUUAAGCUUUUCUUUGUUUUCACUAUGGAAUGUUUGCCCAAAUUACUGCUUAUUACUCAUUAAGGCAUGAGAAUUCUCAUGCCUUGAGCAUCCUGUACUCAUAACUGUCAGAGAAUAAUUAUCAGAGAAAGGAAGAUUAUUUUUACAUCUUGCUACAUUCUGGUCUCCCUUAAGUGCCCCUUAAUUAGGAGAAUUUACCUGGAAUUCCGUUCAUAAGAGUUUGAGAAAUAUAUUUUCAGAACUGGUUUUCUUUUCCAGACAAAGGAAAUCCCCCACUAAGAAAAAAAAAAGUGUAAAGAGGUUGCAGCAAUGUUGCUGCCAAUGGACACUGAAGCAAAACAAGGUCAUGGAAUGGUGGGGAAGACAACCUCACUAAGAGGAGAGCGUGGAAGCGCUCAGUGCCGCAGCUCACAUCAGCUAUAGCUCCCUGCCCCUUAGGUGACCUUCUUCCUUACCCUAUCCACGUUCCUGCUAGGAUGAACAUGUCCCCCUGUGGCAAGGUGAGGAAGGAAGGACAGAUAGAAACACAAGACAGAGCAACAGGACCCCAGCAGCAAAUCAGCUGCAGCUGGACGCCGGAAGUGUGGAUGACUUUAUCACACUAAACAGUCUGCCUGUGGAACUAGAAGCUACUGCUGGAAUUUUAUUUUAUUUACUUACUACUAAUAGUGAUCAAAACAGUCAUAAUACUGAAAAAAGAAAGAAAGGAACCACGGGACUUGCUCUAAGUCUUUAUCUAAUGCGCAGGAAGAAGCUAUCGAUCUGCUAAGAAGAUCUGAAUAGGUAACUAGAAAAAUAUAAUGAAAUAAUUCACUGAUUAGAUUCCAUCUGCCCAGCUCCUUCAACAUAAUUGACAAAUUUCUUAAUUGAAUUUAGCAUGUAAUUAUAAAAACAGGCUAUAAUCCCUGUCCACUAUAUUCCCCUAGUACUUAUUAUGGAAUGAUUUGCCCAAAUCACUGUUUGCUUUAUGUUUCAGUUGUGGAAGGAAGGAAGGAACUACCCCUUGGGAACUGAGUGAGGUUUUAUACAUUAGCUGCAUGCCAGCCCAGGAGCGCUCUCCCUCCCAUAGGUGGAGGAGAAAGGGGGAUGCGCUGUUCUCAGUACCCUCAGCUGAAAGGCAGCACCAGAGCUGGAAUCAGAGUCCAGAUGUCUGAAAAUGCCGCUCAGCACUGUGGCAUUUUGCAGUCAGGGUCUUUGGAAGGUGAAAUCUCCUUCCUGUCUUUCUCCUUAAACUUCUCACUUCCUCCCAUGUUUCUGUGUAAAGUAACCGUUCAUCACUAAUGAUGAAGAACGAAAUCGGGCAAAUAACUGCCUUGGUUCUCUUGGCUUGGGCUUGUACUAGUUUGAUUUUUUUUAGGCAGGAGUGAACAAAGAAGGUCCACCAAGGGGACCCAGCCUCCAGCUCUUAAGUGUCCUGGGCAGGAGGGAGCAGGCACAUGACUGAGAGCCUAGCUGAGCUCCACUAAUGCUGCCAGAGGCCUGGACACUCUGGUGUGGCUUCCAGCUCAACCCUGGACUCGGCACAGCCUUCUGUGUUGCAGCUCCACUGCCCUCUACUGUUUAGCAUCAUGGUUACCACACUACGGCUGCUCACUAGACUGGCUCUUACAGCAAAGCAAGUGGUGAUGGUUGGAUUUAGAGCCAGCAGGCCCCAAAAGGCAACCGUCCAGGGGUGGCCCUUCUCAAGCACUGCCUUUUCCUCCCUGAUUUCUACAGUAGUUAUACUUGUCUCUCACACCAAGCACUGGAUAAUAUAUAGGCACAUGUAAUACAUGUAGUGUCGAGAGGUGUAUGCUAUUUCAGUUUGCCUUCCUUCACACUAUCCUUUGAGCAUCUCCCUCCUGUGUGCCAGCUAUACCCUCCUGUGAACCAUAUGAUGCUGUCUAUGCUUAUGGAGUUUGUACUUUGGAACUGUUACCUGGAAUGUAAGGAUUCCUACAUUCUCACCAGUAUUGAUCUUAUUUCCUGAGCUACUGGAGUCCUUCCAUGAGACACUGCACUGUACAGCCAGACCAGUCUCUAUGUGACAGGAAGUGCUUGCCCGUGUCUGUAUCUUGGAAGUAUUUUCCUUGUGUUUUCCGGCAGCACUGUCAAAGUUUCAGAUCUUAAAGACAUUGGCCCACUUUGAAUCACUUUCUGUACAGGAUAAGAGACAGGUAUCUAGCUUCAUUCUCAUGCGGUUUAUCUGGUUCCCAGCACGAUCUGUUGAGGUGAAUGUCAUACACAUGCCAAUGUAUGUUCUUAGCACUGUUGUCAAUCAUAUGGCUGUAACUACAAAGGUUUAUUUCUACUUCCUCUAUUUUAUUCCAUUUAUCUACAAAUCUGUUUUUAUACCAUGCUGCUUUUGUCACUGUGGCUCUGUAAUAAAAUUUGAAAUUAGAUACUUUGCUACCUUCA